GCAUGCGCAGGCUGGUCAUUCGGCCUCCCACUCAGUGCUGAGUGCUGGGCUUUCAGGCGCUUAAGAUGCACUGGAAGCUUGUUAGAGCGCCUCUCCUGAGUACAAUUGUUUACUGUAUGAACUCGCUUUUUGAAAAACAAUUCCUCUUGGAAAGAGAAGCUUUCACUACGCAUCGUCGCCUUGAGUCAUUAUCGAAUUGCGGCUGACGUAGGAGCAUUGUGACAGUUGUCCCACUCUCCUCCCUCUACCUCUGGCCCCCCCCAGUGCCUCGCUGCAUGACCGCCGACCACCACUCGUCAACGCGGAGCUACGGGGCUGGCGGGAAACGGCCCCGACCUCGCCCAGGAUUCCUCUCUCUGGACUCCUGCCACAAGCGUCUCCCCUUGGCUGUCACUUCCUCACUCGGGAGCAGCUGACCAUCCAGCGCCUCCACUUGGACCAGUGGAGGUGUCGGAAGCUCCCCCUUCCCCUCCCCCACCUACCUUCUUCUCCUCCAUCCUCAAAAAAAAAAUACAUAAAGAGUUUUUUUUCUUCCUGGUGUGAUUGAGCCCGGUUCUGCCGGCCACGUGACCUGUCAAAACUGGGGCGCGAUUCAUGUGAUGCGACAAUGUCGGAUCUGGGCGAGCGCAGGCCGGUCAACACGGACUAUGCUGUCUCCCUGCUGGAGCAGCUCAAGUUCUUCUACGAGCAGAAGCUAUUGACUGACGUGGUGCUGCUGGUGGAGGACACGGAGUUCCCGUGUCACAAGAUGGUUCUGGCCACUUGUAGCUCUUACUUCAGGGCGAUGUUCAUGAGCGGGCUGAGCGAGAGCAAGCAGACGCACGUGCACCUGAGGAACGUGGACGCGCCCACGCUGCAGAUCAUCAUCACGUACGCCUACACGGGCCACCUGGCCAUCAGCGACAGCAACGUUGAGCUGCUCUACGAGACCGCUUGCUUCUUGCAGGUGGAGGACGUCUUGCUGCAGUGCCGAGACUACCUCGUGAAGAAGAUCAACCCGGAGAACUGUGUCCGAAUGUUGAGCAUCGGCGACCUGUUCAGCUGCAGCGAGCUGAAGCAGAGCGCCAAGCGCAUGGUGGAGCACAAGUUCCCCACCGUGUACCGACAGGACGCCUUCCUGCAGCUCUCCCACGAGCUCCUCAUCGACGUCCUGAGCAGCGAUAACCUCAACGUGGAGAAGGAGGAGACGGUGCGUGAAGCUGCCAUGCUGUGGCUGGAGUACAACAUGGAGGCGCGCUCGCAGCACCUGUCCUCCGUGCUCAGUCAGAUCCGCAUAGAUGCGCUCUCCGAGGUGACGCAGCGGGCCUGGUUCCAGGGCCUGCCCCCCAAUGACAAAUCUGUAGUGGUGCAGGGCCUUUACAAGUCCAUGCCCAAGUUCUUCAAGCCCCGCCUGGGAAUGACCAAGGAGGAGAUGCUCAUCUUCAUCGAGGCCUUGUCCGAGCCACAGGAGGAGGUCCGCGUCUUGUCCACGUCCGUGCCCACCACCGUGGUGUGCUACAGCCCGCAAGCCGAGAAAGUCUACAAACUCUGCAACCCCCCCGGAGACUUGCAGAAAGUGGGGGCCCUGGUCACCCCGGACAACGACGUCUUCAUCGCCGGUGGACAGAUCGCCCUCAAGAACUCCAUCAGCAACCUCGGCAUGGCGGGCUUCCGCUCGGUGGACAGCUUUUUCUGGUUUGACGCGCAACAGAACUCCUGGGUGGCCAAGACCCCCAUGCUGUGCGCCCGCAUCAAGCCCUCGCUGGUCUACUGCGAUGGCUACAUCUAUGCAAUCGGCGGCGAUAACGUCGGCGGGGAGCUCAACAAGCGCACAGUGGAGCGCUACGACUGUGAGAAGGACGAGUGGAGCAUGAUGAGCCCGCUGCCUUUCGCCUGGAACUGGUGCACGUCCGUGGUGGUGCACGACCGCAUCUACGUGAUGACGCACGACAUCAUGUACUGCUACUUCUCCCGCGUCGACGCCUGGGUGGAGAUGGCCAUGCGCAAAACCAGCCGCUGUUUCGCCUCCGCCGCCGCCUUCGGAGACCUCAUCUUCUACAUCGGCGGCCUCCACGUGGUCAGCAACUCGGGCAUCCGCUUGCCCACGAGCACCAUCGACGGCCCAUCCGUCACAGUGGAGAUCUACGACCUCAACAAGAACGAGUGGCGCCCGGCCGCCAACAUCCCCGCCAAGCGCUACUCGGACCCUUGCGUGCGCGCCGUCGUGCUGCUCAAUUCUCUGUGCAUCUUCAUGCGUGAGACUCACAUGAACGAGCGUGCAAAGUACGCCAUCUACCAGUACGACGUGGAGCUGGACCGCUGGUGCCUGCGACAGCCCGUGUCGGAGCGAGUGCUCUGGGAUCUGGGCAAGGACUUCCGCUGCGCCGUGGGCAAGCUGUACCCCUCCUGCCUGGAGGAGUCUCCGUGGAAACCGCCCACCUACCUCUUCUCCCCCGACGGAGCCGAGGAGUUCCAGAUAGACGGGGAGCUUGUGUCUCUCCCUCACGUAUGGCUCUGAAAGACCCCACCCCAGCCCCCGGGGAAGGUGGGACUCCACCUCAUAGACGAUGCAGCCAACACGCGUUAAAAACAUUCAACGACGUAGUAGUCUUGCUAAUUUUGUUUUCUGACAUCUGAGAGUCGCUCUGGACGUGAUGACGCACUUAACUUGCCCCCCCCCCCCCUCCUUCUGUCCUUUUUUAAAGGCUAGUCGUCUUCUUAGAAAUGCAGCACAUCAUUGGAUGGAUCCGCUCCUUCAUAGUUACCUUUCAAGCCUGGGCGGGUGGACGAGGGGACCCUCCCACCGAGUUAAAUCAUGCAUCCAAUUCCUCCAACAAAUCGGACUCGCAUAUUUUUAGUCCAAAAAAAAAGGUCGUUCAGAGCGGGGGGGCUGGGUGGUUUGUUUGUUUUUUUUCUGUUAGGGUGUUUUUGUUAUUUUUUGUUUUUUUUAGGGGAGUUCGAGGGUGACUGCAGGUUCGGUCGCUUGCCACCUCGCCACCUCCACAGGCCACGCCCUCCCACUACCCCCCCCCGCUCAGGCCUUCCACACAACCAGCAGUUCCACCUCACGCCGUGAGUCACAUGAUGGUCGCAAACACACACCUCCACUAUCAGUUUUUUUAUUUCCAAGCUGCUGAAAUAUAUAUUAUAUAUAUAUAUAUAUGAUAAAAAUAUCUAUUUUUCAUAUGUUAAAACACGUGUUCUAGUGUGGGUAAAAUAACCAGGUCUAUUUUGUAUUAGUCUUUUUUUUGUUUAGGUUUUUUUUUUAUUUUUAAUUUAAUAUCAGACAUUACUGUAGUGUGACUGUGGCUAGAAAUCCAUUCUCCCAUCCCAGUAACAUUUCCUGGAGUGAAUAACAAGGAACCUGAUUGGUUGCAAAGGGAGGGGGCUGGCCCAGGGCUGUUGUCUUGGAAACGGCUCCUAGCAACCACUAGCAGUAGUACGGGAACCUAGUAGGGAACCUUCAACCGUGAGCACAGGUGCUUCACGGGGAACAUUUCGAGCAUGUUUGGCUGCAUUAUAUUCCUUCGGCACUGUAUUUGGAAUGAACAUUAAUUUAUUAAAAAAAACGUACCAGAAACAUUCUUGGAAAAACUGACAAUUCUUUUCCCCGAAAGGAAUAAAAGCUUUGGUAUAGUUUUUAUUUUCAAUACAUCAAUAUAGCAUCUUGCAGUCUCCUCAAUAACAUUACAAGCAUCUGUCAGGAAAAAUAGUCUGAUCAUUUCUUAAAUACAAAAUUAAAAUAUAUCAGAGGAAUAGAAAAAGAAAAACAUUCAAAUAAGAAAUGAGACAGCAGGAAGUUGGGGGGGAAGUGAUGCACAUGUGACAUGCUUCUCAUCCAGCAUAGUGUGAAUAGGAAUUUAAACAAAAAAAAAACACUUUACAAGCUAAAACAUUACAGUUAAAAUUUCCACUGUGGGGAAGUAAAAGGCUGCAAACAUCAGGACUGUUCCAGUGUCCAGACAAAACACAAAUAUAUGUAUAUAUAUAUAUAUAUGAUUUAUGACGUUUUACACAACAAAUGAAUACAAUGAAAUAUUUUUGCUCUGUACAAAAAGGCCAAACAUGCAACCUGGCUUUGUCAGUUUGUAGGUUUGAUUGCACAAAUAUGGAUGUCAUAACACUGUGGCUAUUUUAGUAGUAGCAGUGAAGUGGAAUA